GAGUCGCUUUGCUGGUCUAAGCUACAGCAGGUCAACAUAUUCAGUGUAAGAGGCGGGACUAUUGGCAGGGAAGAUGAGCUGUGGACUCAGUGCUGCUCUGUGGUCGUGAUUACAUCGCUGAGGAGCUGACUGACCGCCACACAGACAUGGUGACACGUGGAUUUUUGUGGGUGAGAGGACCCACCGCCCACCUGGUGGAUUAACGGAUCGUCGCAUGGGUGUGUAUCGGCGUCCCGGACUGCUCCACUCUCCUUCUCACUCCGGGACCCGGCGAUGCGCUCUUUAAAGGAAACGGGUUUCGCAGAGACAUCCGGAAAACGCAUCCAUGCGCCACGACCAGUCCGCAUCCCGAUAUGUCUCUGACAACACAAAGCCUGGUUUCAAGGAGCUUCCAUAAGAAACCAGAUAUGCUAUCCGGAAUGGGUGCGCCAACUCGGUUAUUUUGCGGAUGACGCUUUGGAGUGCAGUUGUGCAAUGAGACAAUUUGGAAUUAUCAAAUAGACUUUAUUAAUAGGCUACAAUACAUAAUUCGACAACAUGGCUGAUCAGAGCAACAUCCAGUCGUCCGCCUCCAAGAGUAUCCGGCCUUUUAAAUCCAGCGAAGAAUACCUGUAUGCCAUGAAGGAGGAUCUGGCUGAAUGGCUGAACACGCUGUACGAUUUGGAGAUCACUGCGGACACCUUUAUGGAGGGGCUGGGGACGGGCUGUGCCCUCUGUCGGCACGCCAACAACGUGAACCGCGCCGCGCAGGACUUCCAGCUGGAGUACCCGGAGGUUGCAAACUCCAUGAAGGUGCCAUCUAAAGAUGUGGUCUUUCAGUCACGCAGUGUUGUCCCUGGCUCGUUUGUGGCGCGGGACAAUGUGUCCAAUUUCAUCAGCUGGUGCAGGCAGGAGCUCUGGAUCAAGGACGUCCUCAUGUUUGAGACAAAUGACUUGGUGGAGAGAUGCAACGAGAAGAAUUUUGUUCUGUGUCUCCUUGAGGUGGCACGACGCGGGUCCAAGUUUGGCAUGUUGGCCCCCAUGUUGAUCCAGCUGGAGGAAGAGAUCGAGGAGGAGAUCCGGGACCAGGAGAGCCUGCGGAUUGAUGCAGGGGAGCCAGUUGAGCAGAGCCCGCCCAGCAGGUGCUUCAGUCGGAAGGAGAGCAGUCAGACUGUGGAGGAUGAAGAUGAACCUGAUCCAGAGCCGUUCGUCUGGCCGCAAAAGAGGGUUUUAUGUGACAUGCGCAAUUUGGAUGAGUUGGUGCGUGAGAUUCUGGGCCGAUGUUCCUGUCCAGCCCAGUUUCCCAUGAUCAAGGUGUCGGAGGGGAAGUACAAAGUGGGAGACUCCAGUGCAUUGAUCUUCAUAAGGGUCCUUCGUACUCAUGUGAUGGUGCGUGUUGGAGGGGGCUGGGACACAUUAGAGCACUAUUUGGACAAGCAUGACCCAUGUCGCUGUGCUGCUUUCGCCCACCGCUACCACCAGGCUAAAGCCAGUGGCCAAGGUCAGGGAGCUCAGAGUAAGUCCUCGAGCGCCCACUCCUCCCGCUCCACCAGCCCAGGUCCACACUGGCGGAAUGAUGGCAUCGCACCAUACAAACCUCCAGACAGGCGCUCCUUGGAGCCCCCCUCUGCUCCAUGUGCCUCUUCUUCAUCCACACGGCCCGGCCGCUCACAGAACCCGUCUGUUGCCACCGAGCUCGACUCCGGCCCAGCACGCGCUCUACUCCCACGGCCGCCACGAGACCGCUCAGAACCUCGCCACUUUAAUCCUCUCAGGAAUAAGGAGACAAAGUUUCCAGUGACAAGACGUCUGUCUGGAGACAGUGACUCCUCUACAGCCUCCUCUAAGGGAGGAGGAGGAGGAGGAGGAGGAGGAGGAGGAGGAGGAGGAGGAGGAGGAGGAGGAGGAGGAGGAGCGGGACGGUACUCUCAGGGUGGUGCCUCUCGACGCUCUGGUGAUGAAGUAGUCCUGCUUGUCAAUCGCAAGGAAGGGAAGCAUGUGAUAGAGAGACCUGUUGCUGGAAAUCAGACCCCAUCCCUGCGUCCCUCACUGCCCCGUGCUCGCAGUCAAUCUCGGGAACGAGCUGCUCUCGCUCCUAUACUUAAACCGAACCCACCACAAGGAUGCGCUGAUGGAUCGCGAACAUCCCGUACAGAGAGAGGCCGCUCUCUCGGAAACGAGGGCCCGAGGAGGCUCAAUGUUCAACGUUCCCACAGCCAGAGUAAGUUAACCUGCCGUACUCGGUCCAGUGAUGCCAGCCCAGGACCUGCUUCCUGCUAUAGAGACCCUCAGCCCCCACCUCUAGACAGACGAGAGGAUCUUAGGAGCAAACAGUUGCCCCCAUCCUCUCCCAGAAUAGGUGGUGGGUUCACCAAAAGACAAUCGUCCUCAUGCUCUAACUCGCCUAUUAAAGGGGUCCAGAACAACAACAACAGCAGCCCCAGCAAAAAAAUUACAACUACUCCCAGACCCCCUGCACCUCGCUCACCCUCCAUAGGAAAAGGCAGACUUCUGCCACCAGUCACCUCAGGAGGGCGACGUUCACCUCACUCAACUCCCCGCAACUCUCACCAUCAUACUGCCCGCUCCUCUCGGACCUCACAGGGCCCUCGUUCGGCUGGGCGAGGCCACCAUAGAACCCGGUCUGGACUGGAUUGCCAGGAGCCAGAGGAAGAAGGACUGGGUCUUGGAUUCCAGAUGUUGCCAACACUAGACCCCCAGAAAGAACUGGACCUGUAUCGCAGCUUUGAAGCUGAGUUUCUGGCCAAUACACAACAGACCAGAGGAGUGUCUUGUAGAGCCCCAGAAAGAGUGAGCCUGCAAGGAGCUGGGACACAUUUAGUACCAGCACACACUGAUCCAAAUGUCACUGACUCUGCCUAUUCCUCCUCUAACUCUUCCACCUCCUCCCUGAAUGUGGGCUCAAAGAUAGGAACUCUGCCUGACCUCAGGGAAUCCAAAAGAACUAAUUCCCGUCACUUCCCACUGGAGGACCCCUUAAAUUUACUUCAUGGGCACAACUUUGGAGUACCACACUACUUUAGUCAAGGAGCGCCUGAGCACUGGGGGGAGCAUGGAAAGGGUCUCAAGAAGCUCCCAGCCAUCUCUAGCUCCAUUGAGGAGAGAGAACCUCCAUCUUCCCUGCCUGGUCUCGUAGACACAGACGGAUUGAUGAAUCAGGUCCCCUCACAACCUGCUUUCCACUGUAGGAAUAUGAAUGGAGACCAAGCAGGUUGUCCUCCCACAGGGGGGCUGACAGGUCAGCAAGGACAGCUUGGCUGGGGCACAGGACCUGAAGGAGAUGUUCCUCUGGAGAAUCACCAGCCAAACAUCCCUUUUGACCUAGAAAAUGGUGACAGCAGUGAUGAGCUCCCGCCCCCAGAGGCUUGUCCGUCACCUGUACCCCUUCCCCCCUCUGAGGACUGCUCCUUCCAGGAUUCUUCUAGUGAAACCUCUUCCAUGUGCUUCAGCCUGAGCGAAUCACGCUCUGAAUCCCCCCCACCACCUUUAUCCCUGGCCAACGGGGACAACGAAGGAGAAGGGGUGCAGACUAAGAAAGGGCAAAAGAAGGCAGACAGCGUAGCCCCUAUCUCUAAGCACAAACUGAGAGGCAGGGUAAGGCCUCGCACUGACAACAGGCCAGAAAACAGCCCAUCACGUAUCCCCACACCGGUCAGCUACAGAGAUCUGCAGACUUACGACACGUUUUCCCCAAACCACACCCCACCGCUGUCCCCUCAGAACUCGCGCUCUACUGGUCGUGCAGCCACAUGCAAGAGCCUGCACCAGGCUUUCACAGAUAUGAUCCAUCCUCAACCAUGUUCCCCAGCUAUGGGCAACAAAGACUGCUCCUACCCUGGACAGUCAGGGAGCCUGGACACUGAAGCUUGGAUGUAGCGCAGAUGACACAGGGGGUUGCUGUCAUGAACAAACUUGGACUACUGUGUAAAAAAAGACUUGAGAUUGGGCUACAGACUGUUUUCAUUGCAUGUCUAACACUCCUUUUUCACUUAGUUUCUCCUCUGAACACCUGCAGGGGUUCAAAUUGCUUUUAUGUUGCACUCAAGCCAAAUUAUUUAUUACCAAAGGAAUGGUCUUUAAUAUUACUUUUACUGUCUUUUAAUGUGUGCAUGGGGAUGCUUUUGCCAAUAAUACGUUGUUGUUUUUUUGCAAUGACACUUGUGAAAUUUUCAUGGUUGAUACAGAGAGAUGGAGAGAGAGCAUAUGUGCUGCCAUGUGCUCCACUGAGGGGCAUGGUGAAGUGCCAGGGAUUUGAAGCUGCAACUCUAAAAGCAGUGUCAACACUAAAUCUUUAGUCAGAUGGAUUGGCUCCCUCUUGUGGUUUGCCACAGCGUCUCUGCUUGCCUUGAUAGUCUAAAAACUGGUGACUGUGAUAUUUUUAGUCUCUCCACAGUUGUGUGUUUCAUAUAGGACUCAGUAUACUCACAUUUACAAAAUACUAAUAGGUAACAUAGACAAAGGUACCCCAUCAUUCCUUCGACAUUAUGAACACUACAUGCACUACCAAUCUCUGUACAGUGGUCUGCUGUUAUUAAUUGUUAUUAAUAUAUGAUGCCACCUUUUCACAACAAUUGAUGUAGUUGAGUUAGAUAUCUGUUUUAAAAUGCGUACAGGUGUUCAAGAUUCUGUUUAAUGCAUUAAAACAUUUUAACUUUAUUUCUAUUCUUACGUGGAUUAAAUGAAAACAAUUUGAGGAGCAGUGAAGUUUGUAUUACUUUGUGUCAUUGUCACUGAAACAGAAUUGUUGGAAGCUCCUCCUCUGACCAAACUGUACUCUGGAAUACCAUGCUAUAUAUGUAUACACAUGUCAAAGGCUUAGGAGAAUGAAUGUGUAAAUCCAUGUUUAUGUACUCACUAAUUCAUGUGGGUAUUGUGUAUAUAAAAAGGCAUUGAAUAUACAGUUUAUUGUAAAUAUCCCUGUAUCAGUUCUGUGCUGCCUUAGCUAUGCAAUAUCUGUGUUGGAAAUGCCUUGACAAUUCCCUUUGCCUUAAAAUGUAUUCACAGGUUAGUUUUUGAAUGUGUUUGCUCAACAUCACUAAGAUCUAUUUGUUAACACUACAUUGCCAUCAUUAACUGUUUAUGAUAAUAGAAAUUGGAGAGUUUGAGUUUGAAUGUGGAAAUAAGUAAAGAACAUUGCCAAUUUUAAAAAUUAUACUUGAUGUAGGUGUACAAUUCUUGAUAAAGAUAUAUAAUUUAUUGCCUCUGAAUACCAUUAGUUGUUUUGAAGCACAAGAAGCCAGAUAACCUACUUAGCAGUUGGAGUUCAAAGACACAGCACAAUAUGUGGUGACAUCUAGAGGCUAAAGAAAGAUAUGUUUUAUUAACAGUAAAAAGGGACACUGUUUUGUUUUUGGAACGCGUGUUCUUGGGCUGAUUAGACUCAAUAACCAUGCUAUUAUAAGGGGAAGUUUGAUGAAUGAAGAAUGACUUUGACUUGAGUGUCUGAAUUUGUGGAAUGUGUGCAACAGUGCAUGAAUAAUAGAUACUGUAACUGGAUAUUAGCAUUCUCAUGUGAAGCUCUUGCACAGUUGCCAAGAGUAUGAGAGGCCAAACCCCAGCUACAGUACUCCUGUGCUUUGUAAAAUAUAUUUGAAAGUGGAAAAGGUUGACUUGUUGUCCAUUAAGAGAAGUUGGUGGCCAUUUGUUUUUGAUGUGUUUACAAUGGUUGUUUCAGUAAAAAAUACAAUUUCAGUUAAAAAGAAAAGCAACGUUUGUGGAUAACAACUUUAUAUGGGGCACUGACAGUAAAUGGACUAUAAAUAAAGAAUGUGUGUGCAUGUAAUUGUGUACAUAUGGUAUAAGAAUAUGUACAGAGUUGGAGUUAAGAGGGGAAUGAUGUAGGUCUAAUUUAUUUAUUUAUGAAAUUAAAUCUCAUUUUGUGCUUAAGUGACAACUGUGUCCCAAGUAAAGUUAAAUGAGCUGUCAGUGUUUAUGGAAAAUCUAAAUGAGGUAGGGUCCAGUGAUGUACAAACAUCAGGCAUUUUAAGAUUUGUUUCUCAACAGUAUACUGUAAAGAGACAUAAUCCAUUAGAAAUUUUGCCAGUUUAAAAACUGGUAUGAAACAGACCAACUAAACACAUUUUUGCAAAAUUCAGAGAAACAGUAACAUGCACGUACACCCCUAAUUGCUACAAGUAAUUUAUAAUGUGUCAGUAUUGUUAGAGGUACAUGUGUAGCUGGUUAUCAGUUUUAACUGUAUGAACAGUUUUUUACAUGUGUUCUAAUUGUUUUACAUUUUAAUUGGUUUUGGCUUAUUUGAAGACAUUUGCAUUUUGAUCAAUUGAUGUUUAAAAUGCACCAGUUAUGUAAACUGUGACUUCAUACAAACAUAUGGUGACAUUCAUACAAAAGAGUGCUAAUCUGCUCUUUGUCCUGCACUACUUUGCAAAUUUCAUGAAUCUCUCUCUCUCUGUCUCUCUCCUUCUCUCUAUCCCUAAUCAGCAAAAUCUGAAUGUUCAUGAUUCGACAAUUUCUUGUUUGCUAAUGUUAUUUUCACUUAAACGGUUUAAUGUACAGAUUGCUUGACAUUGUGGAGUUUGUAUGUAUGAAAUAGCAAUACUGCAACAUUUCACAGUGUUUGUUGUUGAAAAUUCUGUCCAUUUGUUCUUGUAAUAAACAUUUUCCUCUGAAGUU